AUGGAGGGGACUUUAGUUGCCAUGCUUGAAAAUAGUAUGGAUCCGAGUUCCAGCCAUUUUGUGGAAUCUCAAAAGAUGCUGGAGCAUUUGAAGGAGGUAAAUUUACCGGAAUUCAUUCGCGCUCUAUCUGAUGUGAUUGUGGACCAAAAUGCUAGCCUUAACUCACGACACUUGGCAGGUAUUUUGAUGAAAAAUUGUUUUGAGUGUAACGGAAAGGCAAGCGAGGAGCAAAAGGCAAGGUUCUUUCAGCAAGUUACUCCUGAAACUUUGCAAUACAUUAAACACAAAAUGCUCAACGUAAUGAAGGUAGGAUCAGAAACACAGCCAAUGCUUGCUGCAUGUACUGUCGUUUCUCGUAUAGCUGAAAUUGAGCUUAGCAGAAAUACCUGGCCAGACUUUUUUGACAUUAUUUUGUCCAUGGCAAACUCAAACGAUAUAUCACAAUGCAGUAGUUCUUUGACGUGUUUGAGCUAUUUGAUUGAGGAUUUAUCUACAGUAUACGAAAAUCAGAAUGUAUCAAUUCUCUCGAAAGUAGAUUGUGAUCGUAUUUUAACAUCUGUAAUAAAAUGUGUCUAUAUGGACGCUGUACAACCAUGCAAGAUGGCAUUACAGGUACUUCAAAACUUGUUUAUAUUUAUAAGGAGUAAUAUGGAGGUUACCGCAGAGCGGGACGUCAUUGUUGAGGCGAUUUGCAGAAGAUGUGCAACUGGAAAUGACACAGAUGUAAGAACCACUGCGUAUGACUGCCUAGUACAGCUUGUUACGGAGUAUUAUUCUCUUAUUGCUCCAUGUCUACAGGUUAUAGUUCCAUUCCUUUGGCAGGCUAUUGAUAGCGAGGAAGAGGAAUUUGCAAUACCCGCAUUUGAAUUCUGGAACACGAUUUGUGAAACCGAGAUAGGAAUGGAAAUCGACAAUGAUUCCAGAAAUCAACACAUCAUAAGGCAGGUUAUACCAUUUUUACUGCCAAAGAUUUUACAUACCAUGACUCUGCAUACUUAUGAGGAACUUGACAACGACACAUGGACACUGCCAAUGGCUGCAGGUAUAUGCUUAUCAUUAUGUGCCCAGACAGUCAAAAAUGAUAUAGUUUACGCUGUUUUGACCUUUGUUGAACAAAAUUUUCAGAGAAAGGAGUGGAAUUGUAGAGAAGCAGCUGUUUUGGCCUAUGGCUACAUUAUGGACGGUCCUGAUUCCGAAAAUUUGAAGGAGCUUGUGGAACGUUCCUUUGGCCAGUUAUGUGACAUUUUAAAGGAUCCUUCUAUUGCAGUGAGGGACACCGCAGCCUGGACUAUUGGAAGGAUUGCAAGUUUUCAUUCUGAGACAAUCAUAUCGCACCUAGGUUCACUCAACGACCCUAACAGUAACAUUUCCAAAAUAACUGAGGCACUCUUCCAACCCCCAAGGGUCGCAGUCAACAUAUGCUGGUUUAUUCACGAGCUAUCAGAAUCCUAUUCGGGUGAUCGUACUUCCCAAAAAAUUGAUGAGUAUAUUGAUAGCAUAUUUGUUCGCAUAUGUGAUAAGCUUGUCCAAAGAGGGAAUAUGGAUGAUUCUACGGAACGAAAUUUGUUUUCUUCAAUUUAUAGCGCUAUAUCAAGUUUAAUUUCUGCGGUUGGAGCAUCAUUUACUGGAGAGUUACACACUAUGUUAAACUACUUUGAGGACACUUUGGGGAAAUUGGUAUCUACUGAUAUUUCUUCACAUGAAUCACGUGUACGUCAAGAUGUACUAUGCGGGGUUAUUCAAGUUUUAAUCACAAGACUUAGAACUGUUUCAAAUAUACAACGUCUUUGGAACAAUCUUUUCCAAAUUUUGACAGUCGAUUUCAGUGAAGAGGUCUUGUUAACUAUAAGCACCAUAGUUAAUUCUAUAUCUCCGGAGAAAUUUGCUGGUGUGCUUCCCAAUCUGGUGGAGACUAUCAUUGCAGGUCUUAAACGUCCGGAUCAUGUAAGUUCCUGCAAAAUAUGCAUUGAACUUACUAGCGAUAUUUCACACGUAAUGGAGGAUUCUAUAAGGAUGUACGCACCACACAUAUUGCAAUUAUUAUUUAAUAUCUUGAACGACAUGAAUGCCGAUAAAACUCUAACGGCUCCAAUUGUGACUGCUCUAGGUGAUAUCGCAAUGGCAAUAGGGGGUGAAUUUGCUCCUCACAUUCAACCUGCAAUGGUCUUGCUGAUGACAGCUGCUUCUACAGAAUUUGAGAUGGGACCUUCUGAUAGCGAAGAAUGGAUAUACUUUGUAAACGAUCUUAGAGAGGGUGUUUUACAGGCAUUUACUGGGAUUGUGUACGGUUUGAAGACGGGCAACAAACUGGAUCACAUAAAGUCCUAUGUACCGACUAUGCUCACCUUCGCACAAAGAGUAAUCGAUACUCAAGACAACUACUUCUCCGCGAUGAACUAUAAACUUGCUGUUGCACUAGUUGGGGACCUUGUUAAUGCAUUCGGAAGCGAUCUAUCUCGUCACAUUGCAGAUUUGCCUCUUGUAAAGAGGAUAUCAUAUAGACUAGAGCAGCUAGAAUCGCGAAACGACCCUGCGGCUGUAGAUUGCAGAGAAAAGGUCACCUGGUUGUUCUCUAUACUGAAUCGCUAA